AUGAAUCUAACGAGUAAACAAGGUUAUAUUUACAUUAAAAAUAAUGGCCUGAAGCAUACUUCGGUUUAUACUUGUGCCUUUGGUGCGUAUAAUGCUGGUAAAAUACAUGUUAGUGGUCGUCCUCUUGCUAGAACGUGGUCUCUACUAGCCGAUAGAGGUAUAUAUGGUACGAGUUCAAUCAGUCUCUUACACAAUCCUGACGAUAUGGGCUGGAGAGUUGGUGACAGAGUCGUUGUAGCUCCAACUGUGCCUAGUUCAAGAGGAAAUGCUGAAGAUUACGCGAUUGGUGGAUUUGAAGCUAAUAAUACUAUAAAACUACUUAAUAAAGAUGGAACUUCUAGUGGUAUUAUAUCAUCAGUUUUCGAAUCAAAGGCCCUUUUUACAGGAGAAAAUAUGACUGCUCUCAUGCAAGCUGAAGUUAUUAAUCUUCCGCGAAAUACUAUGAUUACCGGAGGCGAUUUUCAGCAUGUGAGUUGCGUGAAUGACGUAACUGACGGCAAACCAAGCGAUAAUAUCCAAGCCGAUCACUGUUCAUGCUGGAAAAAUAUUAAUCGAAAUAAAUGCACUGUUGGAUUGCAUACAAUUGCAAUUGGCCCCAGUUCUGUUCUAUCUUUACAAUACACAAGAAUUGAGAAGUGUGGCCAACGUCCUAUUCUAGGAAAAUACUGUGUACACUUACAUUUAAUUAACAAAUGCCCUGAUUACAAAAUCAUUGGUAAUGCUAUUGAGUGUGGUCAUCAACGAGGUACCAUCAUUCAUGAAACACAUUUAGCGACCAUAGAGAAUAAUGUUUACAAUAACAUCCGUGGUGCAACCAUAUAUAUUGAAGAUGGGAAUGAAAUGUGGGUGUGGGUGUGGGUGUGGGUGUGGGUGUGGGUGGGUGUGGGUGUGGAUGUGGGUGUAGGUGUAGGUAUGGGUGUGGGUGUAGGUGUAGGUAUGGGUGUGGGUGGGUGCGUGAAUGUAGGUGCGUGGAUGUCGGUGUGGAUGUUGUUGUUCUUUUUCAAAUCUACACCCACACCACACCCACACCCACAACGACCCACACCCACUCCCACACCCACCCACACUCGCACCCACACCCCACACCCACACUGACACUCACAUCCCAACCACACCCACACCCCCUCCUCAAUUAUUAUAACGACAACACAUAGGCAUGUCCGGGAUGACUCUAGGGUUAUGAUAGAUGCUCUAUCGAUUGAUGGGUGUGGGUGUGGGUCCACUUCAAGUCCUUCAUUUAAAACUAGGGAAAUAGGGGUUCCAAUAAAGGGUCCGAAUAAAACUUCAAGAGGACGUUUCCCUCUUAUUUUAAGGACAACAUAUAGCCAUGUUCGGGCCGGUCAUAGUGUUAUCGAGGAUUCUCUAUCGAUUGAUGGGUAUAUGUGUGGGUCCACUUCAAGUCCUUCAUUUAAAACUAGGGAAAUAGGGGUUCCAAUAAAGGGUCCGAAUAAAACUUCAAGAGGAUGUUUCCCUCUUAUUUUAAGGACAACAUAUGGGCAUGUUCGGGCCGAUCGUUGGGUUCUUGAAGACGGUCUAUCGAUUGAUUGGCAUAUGUGUGAGUCCUCGCCUCUCUCCUGAUGGUUAUACAGCGUGCAAGCUUUGAUUGGUCGUCUAAUACAGAGGUAUUGGGAGGUUUUAUAGUACUUGCGUAUACGGUGGUCGCAUUGCCACGCUGAUCGUUUGCGGCGAGCGUAUGCGACCGAUGUCUACAGUGGCUGUGGAAUGGCGUAAUGGAAUCAGUACGAUUGCUGUAAACGGCAUUCGAAAACGGUUGAUGUAUACGAUGGCUUAUGUUAUUUUCCGAGCAAAGUAUACGGUCGCCGUACGUUUACGGUAGCAGUUCACGGCAUAGUUUUUGCGGGUAGCGUGUACGAUUGACGUAGUAUGCUGUAAAUGAUCGUGUACAGCAGCCGUAAGCAGCUACCGUAAACAGUCGUCGUUUUUCGCCGUAUUCGGUUCGUUUACGGCCGCCGUAAACAGCUAUCGUAUACAGUCGUCGUGAUCUGCCGUAUUCGAUUGGUGAACGGCCGUUUACGGCCAGGCGUGACUGGCCUGGGCCCACAUCCACACACCCACACCCACACCCACACCCUAGCAUAACAAUUAUGGGACAAAAUAUUUGUUGAGAUACUGUUAAAUGCAGUUGCAUCACUGGUCAAAAAACACUUUACGACAAUGGUCGCUUCCGUAUCUAUCUUGCUAUCAUCGCCAUUCUCUACACCAUUCCACUGUAUUUUUAUCUAGUAUGGACAUCUCUGACUGUUAAUUCUAAGCUAGCUGUUGUGAAACUCAAUUAUUUGAAAACUACAAACACCUUAAUCAAUUACGAAAAAAAGAAAAAAAAACGUGUAAUUGAAAUAUUAUUCGAAGAUUAUCUUUAUGUUUUUCUUUAAGAUAUUCUGCGAAUAUUUUUUAUCUCGAUUUUGAAAAAAUAAACUUAUCAUCACUAAAGAGCUCAUUCUAAUUCAUUUAACUUUAGUACUAAGAGGAUAAAUUAUAAA